AUGUUCCUCAACCAAGUUGGCACGGAUCUUGAUGUUUAUCCAUCCUCUGGUGACAUUUAUGUGUGCUAUCCUGUUGCCGCCAUCAUUGAAGAUUUUCGGUACCCAGUACGAGCUGCUCAGCAACGGCGUCUGAUAGACGAGAUGCUUACUAGAAUGGCGGAAACCAGGGAUCAAGAAGACAGGGAUGGACAGAAGGAUAUGGGAGAUGAUGAUGAUGAUGAUGAUUUAGUGGAUUUUGGGCUCGUUGACAAGUCUAGUGAAGAGGAAGGAGGAGGAAGGAGGAGGAAGAGGAAGAAAGAGAUUGUUCAUGCAGCAAAUGGAUCAAUCUGUUUUUUAUAUGGGGUAUGGGCUGGACCAAUCUGUUUUUUGUUUGUGUAUGGACUUGUAGCCUAG